CAUUAAUCCACUUUCUUAGCACUUUCUCAAAAUGUUCCUGGUCAAGAACUUUCUUGGAGGCGGAGGAGGUGGUGGUGGCGGCGGAGGUGGAGGCAACAUCAACAUUGGAAAUGUCAUUGGAGGAUUUUUAAGUGGGGGAGGGAGUGGAGGGGGAGGGGGUGGUCAAGGAGGAGGAGCCAUGAAAUUUCUGGGAGGAGUCAUCGGUGCCAUCAGUGAAGCAGCAGCCCAGUAUAACCCAGAGCCUCCGCCGCCUCGCAGCCAUUUCUCCAACAUUGAAGCCAACGAAAGCGAGGAAGUUCGGCAGUUCCGGAGACUCUUCACCCAACUGGCUGGGGACGACAUGGAAGUGAGCGCGACGGAGCUGAUGAACAUCCUGAACAAAGUAGUCACCCGGCAUCCAGAUUUGAAGACAGAUGGGUUCGGGAUUGACACCUGUCGUUCCAUGGUGGCCGUGAUGGACAGCGACACCACCGGCAAGCUGGGCUUUGAGGAGUUCAAGUAUCUGUGGAGCAACGUCAAGAAGUGGCAGUGCAUCUACAAGCAAUACGACACGGACCGAUCCGGCACCAUCGGCAGCCAUGAACUCCCGGGGGCUUUUGAGGCCGCAGGCUUCCAUCUCAACCAGCAGCUUUAUGCCAUGAUCGUCCGCAGGUAUUCAGACGAGAACAGCAACAUGGAUUUUGACAACUUCAUCAGCUGCCUGGUGCGCCUGGAUGCCAUGUUCCGUGCCUUCAAAUCUUUGGACCGAGAUGGCAGCGGACAGAUCCGUGUGACUCUGAAGGAGUGGCUGCAGCUCACCAUGUACUCCUAAGAGCCACCGGCUGUCAGGAAGACCACCCUUUCCACUACCAUCCCCAAUUCUGUCCUGGAGUGGUAUAGAAUUCGGCAUUACCUAUUGGCAGACGUGUCUUCAGCCUGGGAAAAUCCGAAGGAGAUUCUAUUCUGCGGUUCUGCUUCCUCUCCUGAAACCAAGCCAGGAAACCUCCUCUUUUUACUCUUGUGUUUUGCGUUGCAAUUUUUACUCCCUAUUGUAAAAGCAACGGCUGCUCUUCUCCAUUAGCUUUCCACUUGCUGUCGCUGCUGCCUUUUCAAAGCACCAAGGGAGGGGGGGGUUAUCUCUUGAAAGAGAAGCUCCCUUUCUCCCCCCCCUCCCACCUGCUUGGAUUCGAAUGGUGCCAUGAAGAUUUGAUAGGGGACCCCCCCCCCUUUUUUUUGGGUAAGUUUCAUUUUGUAAGAGCCGUGUGAGAUUUGGAUGGAGAGAUGGGCUCGCGAAGCACCAGUUCCUUGCAAAACCAGGUCCUUUGUAUGUGGGGGGGGCAGUGUGUAGGGUUUUUUAUAAAUGGGGGCCAAAGUGGUCUCUUUGUGGACACUGUGAAGUGGUGACGGAUCAUCUGGACUUUCAUCUGGACGCAAUUUGUAUUUUCCCAAAAGAGCCAGGUCAUUGCACUAGAAAUAGGAUGAGCUGAGCUCGACGGUCAUUGCCUACCUCUUCUCAACUCCUCCCCCCCCCCCAGAAAAUGUUUCCCCCUUUCAAAAUCCCCAGCACCCUUUGCCUGGACAUGAUUUAAAAAGCAAUAACUUAGCAGCUUAGGGAACCAACGCUGAAGCUACUUAAAUAAUCCGGAUAUAUGACAGCUUGGCCUUUUUUUUCUCAGGCUCCAGGGGCUGCCGAUAGAGGCUCAGCCCAGAAUCUUUGAACUUGGCUUUUGAAUUCUAUUAAAAGAAA